GGAGCUCCAGAGCGCAUGCGAGUAACUCCAGCCAUGAGUGAAUCCUCGUCCAUUCACAAUGAAAAACUGCGCAGUGUCGCCCGAGAUAUUUCUGAACUCAGCCACGAGAAAGCCACAGGCCGACACAAUGCAGGAAAACCUGCCGAGGAAUUGAAUAAACUCCACCCAUGUCUGAGAGGAGGUGUGUGUUUCGCUGAUGGCCGAAGGAGAGUUGAUUAUGUGCUCGUGUAUCACUGCAAAAGACGCUUUUCCAUCGUCAUCAACGGUGACCUGCCACCUGAGAGUCCCAUCCCUCUCCACAUGGACACACAGGAUGACCUGGUGGAGGCGGAGCUGGAGGUGGGUGUGGCUCCUGGGCCAGGAGAAGAAGAAAAAGCCCUGAUAAGGGAGGAGUUUGAGCGAGGGCUGCAGGAGCAGGGUCUGGAGAUCGAACGAGAUGAGGAGACGAAGACAGUGCGUUUUACGCGUCUCCAUGUCCCCUGGUCUGUGCUGAGUCGUGAGGCUGAGCUUCUGAAGAUCAAAGUUCCUACUAAAAGAAUUUAUGAGCUGAAGGAGAAAACAGGACUCGCUGGAGCUCUGAGUUCACUCUGGGAGAAACUGAAUCAGCCUUUCCAGCCGGGCGUCCCGGAUCCCCAAAAAAACCCACAUACACGAGUCCUGUCACUGCCAUUCAACCGAGAGAAGCUACACCUAUUUGACCUCAAGUCGAGGAACACACUCUUCGACACGGCGACGCGAGGGAGAAUUGUGUUUGAGAUCCUGAGACGCACGGCGUGUACUCAGUCAUGUCACACUAUGGGAAUCACGUCGUUACUUGCUAAAGGAGUUUACGAUGCAGCAUUUCCUUUACAUGAUGGAGACUUUACCUCCGACAUUAAAGAGCUUCGCAAUGACCGACAGUUGUUACAUGAUGAAUGGGCCAAUUACGGAGUUUUCUUCAAGUAUCAACCCGUCAAUCUCAUCAGGAGGUACUUUGGGGAGAAGAUCGGUCUGUACUUCGCCUGGUUGGGAGUUUACACCCAGCUGCUCAUUCCCGCCUCAGCGAUGGGGAUUGCUGUGUUCCUGUACGGCUGGAUGACCGUCGAUACAAACGUGCCCAGUCAGGAGAUGUGUGAUAAGCGUCUGAACUUCACCAUGUGUCCUCUGUGUGAUGGCGUGUGUGAUUAUUGGCAGUUGAGCAGCAUGUGCAGCACAGCACGCGCCAGCUAUCUGUUCGACAACAACGCCACUGUCGCCUUCGCCAUCUUCAUGUGCCUCUGGGGGGCUGUGUUCCUGGAGCACUGGAAGAGGAGACAGAGGUGUCUACAGCACAGCUGGGAUCUCAGUGGUGCUGAGGACGAGGAGGACAGAGCUGAAGAUGAGCUGCGACCAGCAUAUGAGGAUUUCCUUCUUCAGAAGCGACAGAAAAAGAACAAAAACAAAAAGAAAGAUGAGUCGUAUGAGAGGACGCAUGACACUGGUAUAGAGAAGCUGCUAUGUGCAAAAGGAGGACAACCACUGUUUGCGUCCGAAUCUCUCACAUGGAGAGACCGGCUGCCAGGAUGCUGCAUCAACAUCUCCUCCAUCCUCCUAAUGGUGGGGGUCACGCUGUCAGCUGUGUCUGGUGUCAUUUUGUACCGCAUCAUCGUUUUCGCAGUGAUGUCAAUGAACCCUGACCACGAGGCCAAGGCUAAUGUGCGCGUUACCGUGACAACCACAGCUGUCAUCAUCAACCUGCUGGUGGUUUUGGUGCUGGAUGAGAUCUACGGAGCCGUGGCAGCCUGGAUCACGGAGCUAGAGAUUCCAAGGACCGAAGCAGCGUUUGAGGAACACCUGAUCCUGAAGACUUUCCUGCUUAAGAGCAUGAAUGCUUUUGCACCUGUCUUCUACGUGGCGUUCUUUAAGGGCAGGUUUGCAGGUCGUCCAGGUGACUACAUGUACGUCUUUAAAGAUUUCCGGAUGGAGGAGUGUGCUCCAGCAGGCUGCCUCAUUGAAGUGUGUAUUCAGCUUGGUAUGAUCAUGUUAGGGAAGCAGCUCAUCCAGAACAAUGUGUUUGAGAUUGCCAUCCCAAAGCUGAAGAAAAUGUAUCGUAAAUAUAAAGAGGAGAAAGAAGGAGGGGAGAAGAAGAAGGACAAAGAUCCAAAUCGGCCACGGCACCGCUGGGAGUUGGACUACCAUCUGGAACCAUAUGAGGGUCUGAGCCCGGAGUAUAUGGAAAUGAUUAUCCAGUAUGGGUUUGUUACACUCUUUGUGGCCUCGUUCCCGCUGGCUCCCCUCUUUGCUCUGCUCAACAACGUCAUUGAGAUUCGACUUGAUGCUGCAAAAUUUGUGACUGAAAUCCGGCGACCUGAUGCUGUCAGAGCAAAGGAGAUCGGAAUAUGGUACAACAUCCUGAGCGGCAUCAGCAAGUUUGCUGUUAUCACAAAUGCAUUUGUUAUCUCCUUCACAUCAGAAUUUGUUCCACGGAUGGUGUAUCAGUAUCUGUACAGUGAGACAGGAACCAUGCAUGGCUUUAUAGACCACACGCUGGCUUACUUCAACACCAGCAACUUCAAACCAGGCACCGCGCCCAACAGCACACGCUUCGACCGGGAACUCCGUAUUUGCAGGUAUAAGGAUUAUCGAGAUCCCCCCUGGUCCCCUGAGUCAUAUCAGCUCUCUAAACAAUACUGGUCCGUGCUCGCUGCCCGACUUGCCUUUGUCAUCUUUUUCCAGAACCUGGCAAUGUUCCUCAGUAUGCUGGUGGCAUGGUUGAUUCCAGAUGUUCCUCGCUCUUUAAAGGACUGCCUGAAGCGAGAAAAAGCUCUGUUGCUAGAUCUUCUCCUUAGUGAGGAGGUGGAGAAGCAACGACGGCAAUCACAGCGUCCUGCCAAACUCAACAUAACAAUCAACACCUCAGAGGAGGAGACCAUAGAGAUGGAGCCAGACUGCCGUAUCAUGCUGCAAAGCAAAAUAACUGAGAAUGACUUACAGACUGCAGACAAGGAGAACCUACCAAGAGAGGAACCUGAAUCUACCACCAGUGAGCCAAUUAGCCCUGAAGAGGACUGUCAUUCUCUUAUCACAUCAGAUCCUCACUUAAGUCAGUCUGUUCCUCAGAGUCAAGUAAAACCAGUAGGCACAUCCCACUAUAAAGAGUUUUAUCAAGAUGGACCUCCACCUCUAGACCCAGGCUCCACAUCCAGGAGCCGCUGCCAAACCCUUCCACCCAGACAGAAAGGAGAUCAACCUCAAGAUAGCUUAAACAGAGCCAGACACUCCACCAGCUUUGUACAUUUCAAACAGAACUUUUCUCAAUCAACCACUGAGCUCAUACAAAAUACUCCCACUGUACCUUUACGACCUCAGUCUAAAAAGCACUCCAGCAAAACAUCUUCUAAAACAGAGCUUUUUGGCAGCCAAUUAUCAGUGCUGGCCUGCCAUCCCUUUGAAACAGAGCUCCAAUCAGAAGCACUGCCAUGCUCUCCAGCCAAACAGGAAAUAACAAGCAACCAAAAAGCCUUGGUACAAUCAUCCUCCAAACCAGAGCUUUCAGUCAGUCAAUCAACAGCAUUGCCACGCCCUCCAUCCAGACCAGAACUUUCAGUAAGUAGAUCUUCUGUACUACCAAGACCCCCAUCUAAACCUGAGCUGAUUGGGAGCAUUGCAAAAGGACUUCCACUCCAGGACCCAGCUACUAGAACCAAGUCCCGGUGUCAGACUCUUCCUCCCAGAUAUAGAGGACCUGAUACAGUGAAAAGCUCACUCAGAACCACCCAAUCUACCAGCUUCACAAAUAUCAACAAAAAGUCAUCUCCAUUACCCAGUGAUGUGGCAGACAACACCCCUGUGUAA